UAGUAGUAGUAGUAGUAGUAGUAGUAGUAGUAGGAGUAGGCAGACAACUGUUUACAUAUGUAGUAGCGCUACUAAACCGUGUUUUACGCUUUAGCUGCUAAUUGCAAUAGAAAUAGGCAACUAAAAUGUUGCCUUCAGGUGCUGUUGUAAAUAGCACUGUGUGUAGCGUUAAAUGAUGAUUCACUGGGCUGGCAUGCUCGUCAACCAAAUGACUAAAGCGCCUUGUUGAGUAGAUGAUGUCUCUCCAUCACGCUUCAGCUGAUAUCACUUUAUCCAUUGUUAUACGAAUACAAUGACCUACAUGUGACCUCAACGACCCUCAUAUGGCAACAGCGUGUCCUUAACCCAAACAGCACUGGUUUGCAGUCGUGUCUGGAGAACAUUGAACACAACAUUGGACCGACGCGGAAGCGAGACAGACGGACUUGACAGCUGCAUGGGACAAAACAGUUCACAGGGUUCAAGUCCUAUAAUGGCUCAUCGUGUACAUGUCAUCGUGGUGGGAGCUGGCUGUCGAGGAGAGAUUUACUCCCAGUAUGCAAACGUCCAUCCUGAACGUGUGGAGGUCGUUGCAGUAGCUGAUCCAAGGAAAUUUGCUCGUACUAAACUUCAGCAGCAACACAAAAUUGUAGAUGAAAACAUAUUUGAAGACUGGCACAGUAUAGUUGAAAGAGAGAAGUUUGCAGACGCUGUGUUAAUUUGUACACCAGACCGCCUUCAUAAGGAACCCGCGGUGGCUUUUGCAAAGAAAGGCUAUCAUGUUCUGCUGGAGAAACCAAUGGCAACAACUCCUGAAGACUGCGUGGCGAUUGUGGAAGCUUGCAUUCAGAGUGGUGUGAUGCUAUCAGUGGGUCACGUCCUCCGCUAUGAUCCCGUCAUCCACAAGAUAAAGGAGCUGAUAGAUGCUGGAGUCAUUGGGGAUGUGAUCCACAUUCAGCAUCUCGAGCCAGUUGGGUUUUACCACUUUGCUCACUCAUUUGUUCGGGGAAACUGGAGGAAUGAAGCAGAGAGCUCUUUUGCCCUUUUAGCUAAGUCAUGCCAUGACAUCGACCUAAUGCAUCACUGGGCUGGGGCACGCAGAUGUGUGAAAGUGUCAUCAUUUGGAUCUGUCAGCCACUUCACAAAAGAAAACAAGCCAACAGGUGCUGGAAAUCGCUGCCUGGAUUGUUCAAUAGAAAAACACUGUCCGUACUCAGCAAGCAAAAUCUACCUGGAUAGAGUGAAACAGGGUCACACCGGGUGGCCUGUGUCAGUCAUAUGUCCAAGCUCGUUCCCAGACAUCGAGUCAGUAACUGAUGCGCUGAGGACUGGACCAUAUGGCCGCUGUGUCUAUGAGUGUGACAAUGAUGUCUGCAGUAACCAGGUUGUUAACAUGGAGUUUGAAGGGGGUUUGACGGCAGCCUUUUCCAUGGUGGCAUUCACUGAGGAGAUUUGCAAGCGAAAAACAACCAUCUAUGGCAGCAAGGGGGAGCUGUCAUAUAAUGGCCAUGAGGUACGUGUGUUUGACUUUCUGACCCAGAGAUCUACAAAACACACAGCAAACAAUAAUACCCCCAAGUGCUUUGGCAUGAGUGGACAUGGUGGAGCAGACUACCACCUUAUGGAUGCCUUUGUUUCUGCUGUGGCGAACAAUGAUCCAUCCCUGAUCCGCUCGGGUCCUGAGGAGACUCUGCUGAGCCAUUUGUUGGUGUUUGAAGCUGAGCGUUCACGACUGGAGAGCAGGGUGGUGUACUGUGGUGACACCAGCCAGAGCUCGACUCAAAGUGACAAGAACCUGACCUCCUCACCUUAAAAAUCACUGUGAAUAAAGCAGACGAUUAAAAACUUCUAGAUUCUUGUAUGACCAAAUCUCAUAAUGUAAUCAAUGCUGAUAAUUCAGUUCAUAUUGCUCAGGGAUGUUAAUAAUGUCUGUUGUUGUGUGUGUGUGUGACUGAGUGAGAGAAUGACCUGUUUAGUUUCUAAAUUAUUAUGAUACCAACAACUUGACCAUUUAUUUAUAGCAUAAUGUGAUAUUGUUAUGACUGUUUGAGUUAUGUUCAUGUAUUUUUUUAAUUGCUACUAAAAAGAUGGGAAUCUGUAUAAAUUAUAAAAUUAAAUAGUUUUUUCUCA